AUCGGACCAUCACACCACACGACGUCACGGGGCUAGCAGGUCAGUUAUCCACUUUGUGAGAAAAAAAUGAUGGGCUCCUCACGGUGUCAUGUUGUGAUAUAUGCUGUUAUUUUUAUUUCACAAGCUUUGGCCGUACCGGAUGAUUUAAGAACUCUCUGCCCCCGGGACAUCGCUCUAGACCCACAGUAUGUCUGGAUACAUGGCUCUGCGUGCCUCCAGAUCUCCCUGGACAAGCAUGACUGGCCGCACGCGCGGGAGCGUUGUCAGCGCCAUGGCGGGGAUCUGGUGCAGAUCCGGAAUGCCGACAUGCAGGGUUCCAUCAUAGAGAAGAUCAGACAGGUCCACCACCACAUCAAGGAGGGCUUCUGGAUCGGGGCUUCAGAUCAACAUCACGAGGGGAGGUGGGAGUGGGUGUCAGGUGACAAGACAAUGACCUAUGAUAAUUGGAGCCCUCACCAGGGUCCCCACCAGACCGGCUUCCUGCUGAUCCCGGGGGGAGGGACGGAGGACUGCGGACUACUCAAGGUCACAGAUCAUUAUAUGUGGCAUGACUACCCCUGCCACAGCGGAAUAGCAUUCUUCUAUCCGUACAUUUGUCAAUUUGAUAUACCACAAACAACACAAAGACCAGAAACAACACCAACUCCUAAACCAACCUCAGCAGUAACUACAACAAAACUAACAAAAACAACGACACAUUCUUCAACGAUAUCAACUACAAAACCGAAUUUUACACCAAAAGUGACAGAGUCAACAUCAUCAGCAACACAUUCUACAAGUAUUAAAAGUUCAACAACAAAAGAAGUUUCGUCUAUUCCAGCAAUGACAACAAAGUCUUUAACGUCAACAAAGAUCACACUUCUCUCUCUAUUAACAUCCAAGUUCACCAUGACUGAGAAAACAAAUGGAAUCAGUUUAAUUUCGAACAAAAUCACAUCUGAGGGAAAUCCUAAACUGACCACAGAAGAAUUAGAGAUACUAGUCACAGAGCAAGGUCAAACUUCAACCACGACAGCAAAGAGUGAACCAGAGGGCAUGAUCAUUAUAGGAUAAAGAUUGUAGAAUUUUUUUCAUCAAAAUUUGAAAAUAUUAAACAUCUGCACUUUUACUAUGUUCUUUAGAAAACAAUGUCAUGCUACAAACAACAAAUGAAUAAAACAUUUUUUCUC